UAUUUAUUCAGACACGCGAAGUUGAUUAUCGGAGUUACCAAAGUCACAUCGUAACUAUUUGCUGCUUUUAAGUUACAAAAUAUUUUUGUAGUAAGACUAGCUCUUCAUCUGCGGUCCAUUUAUGUAGCUAGUUUUCGUGAACUCCACUGAUUUUCAAAAGGCGAAAAAUGACAACUCUUGUUCUGGACAAUGGCGCCUAUACGGCUAAGAUCGGAUACAGCCACGAUACAGUCAGCGUUAUCCCGAACUGCCAGUUCCGAUCAAAGACGUCCAGGCUGAAGACGUUCACCGCCAAUCAGCUAGAUGAAAUAAAAGACCCAUCUGGACUGUUCUAUAUCCUUCCGUUUCAAAAGGGAUAUCUGGUGAACUGGGACGUGCAGAGAAAAGUAUGGGACCACCUUUUCGGAAAGGAAAUGUACAAGGUGGAUUUUGCAGAUACUAGUAUAGUGAUCACAGAACCCUAUUUUAACUUUACAUCAAUCCAAGAGUCCAUGAAUGAAAUUUUGUUUGAAGAAUACCAGUUCCAAGCAGCACUCAGAAUCAAUGCUGGAUCCCUAAGUGCACAUAGAUACUUCCAAGAGAACAGCACAGAGCUGUGUUGUGUUGUGGUUGACAGUGGGUUCUCCUUCACACACAUAGUUCCUUACUGCAGAGGGAAGAAAAUGAAAGAUGGGAUUUGUAGGAUAAAUGUUGGAGGGAAGCUGCUCACCAAUCACUUGAAAGAGAUUAUAUCAUACAGACAGUUACAUGUCAUGGACGAGACUCAUGUGAUAAACCAGGUGAAGGAGGAUGUCUGCUAUGUGUCACAGCACUUCUACAAGGACAUGGAAAUUGCACAGUUAAAGGGAGAAGAGAACACAGUGAUGAGAGACUAUGUUUUACCAGAUUUCAGCUCCAUCAAAAAAGGGUUCUGCAAGCCUCUGGAGGAAAUGAGCUUCAGUGGGAAAUAUAAGACGGGAGAGCAGAUUCUGCGACUCACUAAUGAAAGGUUUGCAGUUCCAGAGAUGCUCUUCCACCCAUCAGACGUUGGAAUCCAGGAGAUGGGCAUUCCUGAGGCUCUAGUAAAUUCCAUCAGCAACAUGCCAGAGGAGAUGAAGCCCCACUUCUUCAAGAACAUUGUCUUGACGGGAGGCAACACCCAUUUCCCAGGGUUUCGGGACAGGCUAUAUAAAGAUGUCCGCUCACUCACACCUACUGACUUUCAAGUGUCUGUUGUGCAGCCACAGAACCCUAUUUGCUAUGCCUGGGAGGGAGGACAGCUCUUGGCAGAAAACCCAGACUUCGAGGAAAUGGUGGUCACUCGAGAGGACUAUGAAGAAAAUGGACAUUUCAUAUGUGAAGAAAAAUUUGACAUUUAGUAAUCAAACUGCCAUUAUUCAUUGGAGCAAGAAGUCACUGUUUCAUUGCUGUGCUGAGGACUGGCGGCAAAGUAAUGUUUUUUUUUCUGAUUUUGAAUUUGUCACCAAGCUUUAUUGUUGUCAAGUGGUCA